AUGUCAUCGACGAAAACAAGCUCGAGCUCUUCAGCACCCAUUUUUUCUAGCUCAUCUGUAAUUUCUAGCAAGGUUUCAAGCUCCUCAGCAUCAAGCUCCAGCGCGUCCCAGAGUAGCACAUCCUCAUCCGCUGCCGCCAACGUUGCAGUCAAUGACAAAGCCGCUGUUCAGUCCGGCACAUCUUCUGUCGUCAUCCCAUCAUCGAGCUCCAUCGUUGCCUCCUCAGCAGCCUCCAGUUCAAUUAAAGCCGGCUCAUCUUCAAGUGCUGCUCCCUCCAGCUCCAGCGUUGGCUCUGCAGCAGUCUCCAAUACAUCCAAGGCCGCCUCAUCUUCAAGUAUUACGCCCUCAAGCCCAAGUGUUGCCUCCUCGGCAGUGUCCAGCACAGCUAGGGCCGCCUCAUCUCCAAGUGUUGCGCCCUCAAGCCAAAGUGUUGCCUCCUUGGCAGUGUCCAGCACAGCUAAGGCCGCCUCAUCUCCAAGUAUUACGCCCUCAAGCCCAAGUGUUGCCUCCUCGGCAGUGUCCAGCACAGCUAAGGCCAGCUCCUCAACUGUUGUCCCAAGUCUUGCCUCUUCGGUAGUGUCCAGCACAGCUAAGGCCAGCUCCUCAACUGUUGUCCCAAGUCUCGCCUCUUCGGUAGUGUCCAACACAGCCAAGGCCAGUUCCUCAAUAUUUGUCUCCUCAGCGGCAUCCAGCACGGCCAAAGCUAGCUCUUCAUCCUCGGUCGUCCUCAGCAGCACAGCUAAGGGCAGCUCAAAUACUGCCCCAACAUCAAGUAUUGUCUCAUCAGUGGCGGCCGGCAGCACAGCUAAGGCCAGCUCGUCUUCAACUAGUGCCGCAAAUGUCCUCGUCAACAACAAACUCGCCGUUGCAUCCAGCACAACCAGUGCUGCCUCAACACCGAGCGUUGCAUCCUCAGCAGUAUCAAGUGUUGCCUCUUCCGCGAUCUCCAGCGCUGCUAAAGCAAGGUCCUCGUCAACUGCUGCCCAGAAUUCAGCCACCAAGGCCAGCUCGAGCAGCGCUGCCUCGGCCUCUCUUAGCGUCUCGGGCACACCUAAGACCAGCUCAGCCUCAAGUGUUACCCCUACUUCAAGCACUAAGGCCAGCGCAAGCGUUGCAGCCUCCCGAGCCAGCUCCGCCUCGAAUGUUGCCUCAAGUUUGAGCCAAAAAGCAAGCAGCGCUGCUUCUUCAGCUUCAAGCAGUGUCUAUAGUAGAGCGACGGCGAGCUCUUCGGCUACUGCCACAACUUUAAGCACAAAGACCAGCGUCAGCACGACUAGCUCAUCUUCUUCGGCUGCUGCCGCCGUGGUAGUCAGCAACAAAGUCGCUUCCGCAGCUUCUACUCUGGCCACUACCACAGCGCCUACUACUCAAAGCUCGGUAUCUGGCUCAAGUACUUCAAGCUCCUCAACAUCUUCUUCAACCAGUGCCAGCGCGUCUUCAACAUCGAGCCAGUGCGCGGUACUUGACAGGAGGUACAACUACUACGAGAACAAGAUCAAGACGCUACAAGCUGAGAACAUUGCGAUCCCUGCCUACUUGGCCGGAUAUGCCGCUGCUGCUAUGGACGCCAAGGAGGCAUUGGGCUGCUCUUGA